AUGGCUUCACGAUCGGAGCAACCAAAACCGUCGGCUGUAGGGGGGCAAUCGCAGAAUUCAAGGCCAUGGCACUACAACGGAGACCAGGACCGGCUGGAGCGCGAGGCGGAGGGCGAGGAGGCACUGGACUGGGACUAUGACUCGGACUACUACAGCGAUGGCGAUGGCGAUGGCGACGACGCUGACGGCGACAAGAACAAAAACGACAAGGACAAGAAGAAUUCUUUGCAGUUCCCCGGCUCGCAGCUCGAGAACACGGAGCGGCUGAAGUGGCUGCGCGCGCAGCACCGCAAGGCGAUGCGCGAGUCUCGCGAGCGGCUGCGGUGGCUGGAGCACGAGCGGAUGAUCUCGGAGGCGGACAAGGCGAUGGAGCGGCACCGGCUGUUCCACCUGGAGGCGAUGCACGAGGCCGACGUGCGGCUCGAGGCGGCGGAGCAGGCGAUCGAGCAACACCGGGUGUUCCACGAGGAGGCGAUGCGGGAGGCGGACGCGCGCCUGGCAGCCGCGGACGACAGCAUGGUCGAGCACCGCAAGUUCCACGCGCGGGCGAUGGAAGAAGCCGAGGAGCGCCUGAGGGCCGCGCAGGGGGCGAUCGAGGAGCACCGCAAGUUCCACGAGCAGGCGAUGCGCGAGGCGGACGCGCGGCUGGACGAGGCGGACGACAGCAUGGUCGAGCACCGCAAGUUCCACGUCCGCGCGAUGGCCGAGGCGGACGAGCGGCUCGCGGCCGCGCAGGGGGCGAUUGAGAAGCACCGCGUCUUCCACCGGCAGGCGAUGAAGGAGGCCGACGAGCGGCUCGCGGCCGCGGACGACAGCAUGGUCCGCCACCGCGAGUUCCACAAGCAGGCCAUGAGAGAGGCCGACGAGCGGCUGCGGGGCGCGGACGACAGCAUGGUCGAGCACCGCAGGUUCCACGUGCGCGCGAUGGAGGAGGCCGACCAGAGGCUGGCCGCCGCCGAGGACAGCAUCGUCGAGCACCGCAAGUUCCACAAGCUGGCCAUGGAGGAGGCUGAUGAGCGGCUGCGCGGGGCGGGCGACAGCAUGGUCGAGCACAGCAAGUGGCAUGACCAGCAGAUGCGGGAGGCUGAGGAUAGGCUGAAGGCACACGACGCAUGGGGGAGGGGCUCUCAUGCAGUGACGGCUUGA